AAUAUAGGACAUUUUUUGAGUGGGAACUCAUUUUUGUCCAAUGACUGUACAUACAAGUUUACAAAUGUUCUAAUAACAUCACCUAAAACCAAACCUUGACAGAAAGUUAACAAUUGGACGUAUUGUCUCUUUACUUUUCAUCGCUUUUUCAAACUUGUGUUUUCAUUUUUCAACACAGGCCGGAAAAAUUUCUUACAUGUCUUAAAUGGUAAUAGUCAGCUUGAAUCAAUGUUACCUUUGCAUUAUUUUUUAAAAAAUUCUUUGUUUGCAUGAUGGUUUUUGCGUUAACUUACACCAUGUACACGAAGAUGUAUAUAUUUUGUUUUUCAUUUCAGGUUUAAAAUUAAAUAAAAUGUCUACCAUAAACUUAAAAUAUCAUCCAGAUAUUGAAUCUGCUUAUGCUGCAAUUAGAAAGUAUGAACUGGAGACCACUUCUAAGUACAUAUUAUACUAUAGAGAAGCUGGUUUCAAUCAGAAAGACUUGGAUAAUUUGGACAAGAAAAAAAUUUGGUGGGAUAACCAUAUUCCCUUCGAUGGUAUUCCAUAUUGCAUUUUGGGGUCUGAAGUGUUGGACUGUCAUCAUGGGCCAGACAGACACGUUAAUGAUAAAAAGAAACUUGUUGCCAAAAAGGAUGAGAUGGAAGAAGAACAUCCAUACACCAACAAUUCAAAGAAAAGGUUUUUAGUUCAGAGUACCAAGAAGAUGGACUGCCAGUCCCAGAUUAUCCUUAAAGCUAUUGUUAAGUUUCCUGACUUUAAGGUUGAUGGCCCUGAUAGCAUUUACAGGAGAAAAAAAUGUGCAGCCAACCUUAGAGCGGCCAAUUUCAGUCAUGUAAAGAAAGACUUGAAGAUUGUCUUAUUUCUUCCUGAUGCCAACUCUCAUCAGAAUCAUCUAAUUGGUGAAUUUUCAGGAUAUUCCCAACCACUUGAUAGCCUUGUGAAAGAACACAUCAGGGAAUUGGUUUUUGAUGGCGUAAGAAAAGUGUCUGAAAUGAAGAGGCACCUGAACAUCUUUGUUAAGAGAGAACUUUCUUUGGACAUUCCAUUAACCAACAGAAGAUUUCAUCCAAAUGAGAGAGACAUAAGAAAUCAUAUGUAUUUAGCAUUAACCAAGACAAGGUUUUCAAAGAAUGAUCAACAGAAUUUACAAUGUCUGGUGAGGAGAUGGGAGGCUGAAUAUAAACUUGAUACUUUUUUUUUAAGACUUGGAUCAGAUGGUAAACAAAAAGAAAAAAGUAAUGAUGAUAUUGAGGAAGUUCCCCAGUUUCUUUUUGUACAUCAAUCCGAAACGCAGAAGAGGCUUCUAAAUAUUUAUGGCCAGGAGAUUUGCUUGUUGGAUGCAACAUAUAAAACAUCAAGAUAUGACCUUCCUUUGUUCUUGGUUUGCGUCAACACAAAUGUUGGUUAUAGUGUUGUAGCUUCUUUUAUAGUUGCUAAUGAGAAUCGCUACACCAUUCAAGAGGCACUCAUCAAAUUGAGAGAUUGGAAUCCCAUGUGGAAGCCCAAAUAUUUCAUGUGUGAUUUUGAUUUGAGAGAAAUUUGGGCACUUGAACAAACAUUUGAAGGUUUGAUGGUGUAUCUUUGUGACUUCCAUAGGGAACAAGCCUGGCACAGAUUGCUAAGAGAAAUUAAGCAUGAUUGCAUUGAUGAGAAAGAUGAAAUUAAAAGAAUGUUAAGAGAAAUAGCUGAUGCUGAUUCUGCAGAGUCACAUACAAAUGCUUUGCAACAAUUAAGAAGCAGUGAUAUUUUCAAGGCAAAGGUGUCUGUUUAUUUUAAUUUUUUUCAGAGAUGGUCAAAACUUUUCAGAAAUUCACUUUUUAACAUCCGAGUGAAUACAACCAAUGGUCUUGAAAGACAACAUAAAGAACUAAAGGAAAACUACUUGACAGAGUAUAUAGAUAAAUCUUUGUCAAGUAUGGUGACAUCAUUGGUAACCAAAUACUUACCAGAUAGUUAUGAGAGGUAUAAAGAAUACAACAUUCAGUCCUUGGAUAACUAUAGAAAGUAUUCUAAUGAUGUUCCAGAGUUUUUAAGGAGCCGUCCAAGAAAAUUUGUGGACCAUUGUUUAGCCAGAAUUCCACCUGCGGCUACAUUGAUCCCCAUUGAAAAUAUGGAAGAAGUUAACCAUGAUAUGCUGGUUAGAAGUGUUGAGUCUGACAAUGUAUACCAAGUUAGACUCAAUGAUGAUUUACCGAAAUGUUCAUGUCCAGAUUGGAGGAAACAUCACUGGCCAUGUAAGCAUAUGCUGGCAGUCAUGAUGAACAUGCCAAAAAAAGAUUGGAAUACACUGCCAGAGUACUACAAAGCAACCCCUCAUUUCAACAUUGAUUUUGGACUUUUAGAAACAAACAGAAAAGAAACACUGAUUGAUAACAAUGCAAGCAGCUCAAUGAAAUAUGAAUGCCAACAAGAUUUAACUGCUUGCAUUGAUAACACAGUAGAAACAUCCUCCACUAAGGCUCGAAACUUAUGUUUAGACAACAUUAAACAAAUUACAUCCAAUUUAUAUUGUAUUAAUAAUAGCCAAUACCUAGAAGAAUUCAAUAAUAGACUAGCAGUGUUGGUAAAGGAAACGGACAGGGAAGCACCACAUCAAAAUGGUCUUCGAUUAAAUUUGCCAGCAACCAAAAGGAAGACCAUAUGUAGAAGACAGAAAAACAAACUUCACUUAAAGAAAAGCAAUAUCACAAGACGUCUUACCAAGAGAUCUGCAAGCAUAAAAAAAAUGCCAUUUAUGCGAAGACCACAUUGGAGAAAGUACACAAAGACACUAUCACCGGUUAAAAUGAGUUCAAAUGUAUAUUCAGCAGAGCCAUGCAAUGAAGAGUCAAAGAAAUCAAUGGCAAUCACCCUCACAGAAAUAGAUCGAAGAAAUGCAACUGACUUGUUGAGAAAAAUUCAGUCAAUUGGAAAUGCAUCCCAUUAUAUUCUGGCCAAGGUUUAUGGGGUAAAUGUAACAGACAUUGAUAUCACAUCACUUUUUGGGAAUUGUUGGUUGACUGAUCAGGUUAUUGAUGCCUACUUGGCUGUACUUUGUCAAGCUCAACAAGACAAUGGAAGAAAUAUUUUGCAUAUUCCUGCUGCAAUAAUGACCAACAUAUGCAAAGGAGAUUCGAUUGGAAAUCAGAAUCUAUACCAAACGAAAAUCUUGACAGAUUAUGAAGUUAUAUGUGGAGUGUAUAAUCAAGCAGGGAAUCACUGGGACCUAGUGAUAUUAACACCAAAUGAUGGACGAAUACAGUUUUACAAUCCAAUGGGUUUCCAGGCCCCAGUUGCCAAUCAAGUUCAAAGAAACUGGAGCGACUAUUUGGCAUAUAGAACCAACUUAUUUGCAGAAAAAACAAUAGAAUGGAAAUUGUAUGUUGAAAAACAUGCUUUGCAGUUAGAUGGUUACAACUGUGGUGUAUAUUGUUUAAUGUUUGCAGAGAGAAUACUGUCAAAAAAAGAAUUAACAGGCAUUACACAAGUAGAGGUCCAGGAAAAAAGGAAAGAAAUUGCAGAGACCUUGUUACUUUAUGAAGUUUAUAUGAAAGAUGCUUGUCCCUGCUGUGGAUUUGAUGUACAAGAACAACCUUGUAUUGGUUGUUUAAUUUGCGGUAGACACUUCCAUAAACUUCCUUUCUGUGUUGGUGAGAGCCUGGCCAAAGAAGAUGCUAAUUUUUUCACUUGCAAGAUGUGCGAACACAACAUUAUUCCAGACACAAUAGAUUUAGGUGGAAUAAUGGAAGAAAAGCCUGUUAAAGAUACAAUAAAUCCAGAUCCAUACUGUGGACCAAAAACUGAAAUAAAGAAGACUUUUUCAGGAACGACGGCCCUGUUUGUGAAAAACCUCAUUGAAUCUAAAUUUUCCGAGGAGAGUAUACAUAACUUCUUUGAUAAAAUAUCAAUCCUUGAUGUAAGAGAUUGCUGGCUCUCUUUAGUCGACACAUUCAAGGAAAUUAAAGAAAAUCUUCCUUUCACUCCUGAAGAUGUCAAAUGGAAAAAACCUGAAUGCCAAAGAAAACUAUUUUCGAUGGGAGAGUUUGGUGAUGGAUACAUAGAUAAAAUUCCAACUAGAUACAUAAGAGACUAUGUUUAUCCAAUUAAAGUCCAAACCAAAGCUUCUUGGACAAUUUUCAGUGGACUGUCUGUCUUCAUUUUUGGAACUGAAAUGAAAGCUCAACAAAUUAGACUUGCCAUUGUCUGCAAAGAGUUUUCAGAGAUAGAUAAGACACAAAAUUACAAUGAGAAGACAAUAAUUCAGAUGGAACUGAAUAAAAUGGAUAAUUUCUGCAAAGAUGAAGAUAUCUUAGGUUCAUUUCACCUUAAGUUUAUUCCAAUGGCAUUCAAGUUGAAUGUCUGUAUUCACAAACGACUCAAUGGAAUUGAAGAAACACUCAGACAUAAGUGCGAGGAACCAAAUGGGACUAUUGAAUUCUUGUCUAUGCACCUAAAAAAGGAACCUUGUGUGUCAUACCAUCUUCUUGUAGAUGGUAUUUUUAUCUUAAACAGAGGAGUGGCAUUAAGAGAACAAUGUGGGGCAAACCAGUUUGGGCUCUGUCAAGGUCAAUCAGAGUCCUACAUUCAAUGUAGUAAAUGUUUACAAAACUACCAUAGACAGUGUGUCAUUGUUGAAGUUGAAACUUUUGCAUGUGGUUGCCACAUAGAAAGGCCACUGAAAAGUAGAAAUGAAAGAAUUUAUAGGUGCAAAGAAGAAUUUAUGAAACAAGUAAAGAGUCUUGAUAUUAAAAAAUUGGUAUCAGAUAUUUCUUGUGGAAAACUUAAUUCUGCACGGUGGCAAACCAUGAUUGGAACAAACCCCAAAGUAAAACAGAUGUGGAAAGAUGAAAAUAACAUGGUUCUAACAUUGACUGGGGCACCUUCAGAAAUAACAAAUUAUGUAAUCCAGCAAACUGAUUCCAAGUCAUUAAGUGCAAAAGGAUUUGUUAUGGAUGUCUUUGCACCAGAGGCAGUGGUAAAAGUAGUUAUGAUGGUAGAAAACAUCAACAGAAUGCGUGCAGAAUUAUUCCUUCUAAAAGAUAUAAGUGCUAGUCAUGAUUGUAGUAACCACUCAAAGAUAUGAAGGCCUCAUUAUGUCAUUGUAUUUCAAUAGGUUUACAGUUUGUGACUUAAAUGAAUUGGUAAUGACAGAGUAUUUCAAUAGGUUUACAGUUUGUGACUAAAAUGAGCCAGUAAUGACAGAGUAUUUCAAUAGGUUUACAGUUUGUGACUAAAAUGAGUCAGUAAUGACAAAGUAUUUCAAUAGGUUUAAAAUGAGUCAGUAAUGACAGAGUAUUUCAAUAGGUUUACUGAUUGUGACUAAAAUGAGCCAGUAAUGACAGAGUAUUUCAAUAGGUUUACAGUUUGUGACUAAAAUGAGUCAGUAAUGACAGAGUAUUUCAAUAAGUUUACAGUUUGUGACUAAAAUGAGUCAGUAAUGACAGAGUAUUUCAAUAGGUUUACAGUUUGUGACUAAAAUGAGUCAGUAAUGACAGAGUAUUUCAAUAAGUUUACAGUUUGUGACUAAAAUGAGUCAGUAAUGACAGAGUAUUUCAAUAGGUUUACUGAUUGUGACUAAAAUGAGCCAGUAAUGACAAGAGUAUUUCAAUAAGUUUACAGUUUGUGACUAAAAUGAGCCAGUAAUGACAGAGUAUUUCAAUAAGUUUACUAUUUGUGACUAAAAUGAGUCAGUAAUGACAGAGUAUUUCAAUAGGUUUACAGAUUGUGACUAAAAUGAGCCAGUAAUUACAUUUUAUUUCAAUAGAUGUACAGUUCGUGACUAAAAUCAGCCAGUAAUGACAGAGUAUUUCAAUAGGUUUACAGUUUGUGACUAAAAUGAGCCAGUAAUGACAGAGUAUUUCAAUAGGUUUACAGUUUGUGACUAAAAUGAGUCAGUAAUGACAGAGUAUUUCAAUAGGUUUACAGUUUGUGACUAAAAUGAGUCAGUAAUGACAGAGUAUUUCAAUAGGUUUACAGUUUGUGACUAAAAUGAGUCAGUAAUGACAGAGUAUUUCAAUAGGUUUACUGAUUGUGACUAAAAUGAGUCAGUAAUGGCAUAGUAUUUCAAUAGGUUUACAGUUUGUGACUAAAAUGAGCCAGUAAUGACAUUUUAUUUCAAUAGAUGUACAGUUCGUGACUAAAAUGAGCCAGUAAUGACAGGGGAUUUUAAUAGGUUUACUAAUUGUGACUAAAAUAAGCCAGUAAGGACAGCGUUCUUCAAUAGGUUUACAGUUUGUGACCAAGAUAAAUUGGUAAUGACAGAGUAUUUCAAUAGGAUUUCUGUUUGCGACUAAAAUGAGUUUGUUAUGACAGAGUAUUUCAAUAGGUUUACUAUUUGUGACUAAAAUGAGCCAGUAAUUACAUUUUAUUUCAAUAGAUGUACAGUUCGUGACUUAAAUGAGCCAGUAAUGACAGGGGAUUUCAAUAGGUUUACUGAUUGUGACUAAAAUAUGCCAGUAAGGACAGAGUUUUUUAAUAGGUUUAUAGUUUAUGACCAAGAUCAAUUGGUAAUGACAGAUUAUUUCAAAAGGAUUUCUGUUUGCUACUAAAAUGAGUUAGUUAUGACAGAGUAUUUCAAUAGGUUUACAGUUUGUGACCAAAAUGAAUUGGUAAUGACAGAGUAUUUCAAUAUGUUUACUAUUUGUGACUAAAAUGAGUCAAUAAUGACAGAGUAUUUCAAUAGGUUUACACUUUUUGACUAACAUGAGCCAGUAAUGACAGAGUAUUUCAAUAGGUUUACUGAUUGUGACUAAAAUGAGUCGGUAAUGACAGAGUAGUUCAAUAGGUUUACUAUUUGUGACUAACAUGAGUCAGUAAUGACAGAGUAUUUCAAUAGGUUCACAGUUUGUGACUAAAAUAAGCCAAUAAUGACAGGGUAUUUUAAUAGGUUUACUGAUUGUGACUAAAAUGAGUCAAUUGUGAAGGAAUAUUUCAAUAGGUUUACUGUUGGUGACUGAAAUGAGUUAGUAAAGACAGAGUAUUUCAUUAGGUUUACAGUUUGUGACCGAAAUGAGCCAGUAAUGAUAUAUAUGAGUAUUUUAAUAGAUGUACAGUUUGUGACUAAAAUGAGCCAGUAAUGGCAUUAUUUUUCAAUAGGUUUACUGAUUAAGACUGCAAUGAUGUAUUUUCACAUGAAAAGGUUUACACUAUGGUUCUGAAAUGAGUCAAUGAUGACACUAUGUAUCAAAAGUUUUAGAGUGUGACUGCUUUGUAUAUUAACGGGAUAACCUAAUAUGACCAACAUGAGUCUGUGGUGAUAUUGUAUAUCAAUAAGUUUAGAAGUUAAACAUUAAAAUGAGUUGAUGAAGACAUUAUUGUAAAUUCAGAAAAUAUUGGGAGGUUUUUAUUAAUGCAAAAAAAUAUGACUGGUUGAGUAUCACAAAAACAAGAACUCACAUUCUGAUAUUUCAUCAGUAUUUCUAUCUGAAAUGACUGAAUUGAGUCAAUGAUGACACUAUAUAUCAAAAAGUUUACUCUUUGUGACUGAAAUUAGUCAAUGGUGAACCCCGAUCAUGCUGGUGCUUGACUCUCUUAAAAGACUAGGAUUGUUAGUUUUCCUACAAAAGGAUGGUGGUUAUAGUACAGAUAUGUUCAGUAUAGAUAAUCUGUUAAAAAUAUUUGAUGGUUAUUGUAUAUAAUCUGUAUAAUUAUUGUUUUAACACAAAUACUUGCAUAUAUGGCUCUAGUCUGAUUGUAGCUUUAGAUCGCAAGAGAAGGUGAUUAUAGUGUUUAUAUGAUUGUCAAAAUUAUUUUUUGUCACCCAAUUAUAAAAUUCAUUGUAUUAAAUUACUUUGCUCAAUAUCAGCCCCUUAUUUCAGAAUAAAAAAUCAAAUUGUGAUUCACCUGCUUAUUUGGUGUAUUUUAUUUCAUAUAAUCUAUCAUGUUUAUUGCUGAUAUGUUCAUAACUAAUUAUAAUUGUUGACUGUUAAUGCCACUUGAGGGACCUUGAUUGAUAUAAUAAAUAUUUGAUUUAUUUUAUAUAUUG